GCUUGCAGUUGUCGCACUUCUGUUUAACGUGUGUUGAAUAGGUCAAACGACCUCUUGCUCUGUCAAAGAUGUCUCGGUGCCUGAAAUUGUUCAAAUUCGCUUUGGGUUCUUCUCGAAGGGCCAACUCCAGGCUCCUGUCUUCUGGACGAGGAUUGGGUAGUAGGACUGUAGGACCAUUCAGUGAAGAUGCCCAUGUCAGGCAGCAGCAGAAACAAUGGUCCAGAAGUGGCAUGUGGAACCCCAGCCACCCAGGCCUUGGUCUCACCCAGUGUUCCUACUACAGCACCAAGGAAGCUGAGAGAGUCCCUCAGGAUACAGACAAGGAUCUAGAAGCUGAGAAAGCUCCUGCGACAGAGAAGGUUGAGGAAGUAGAGAAUAUUCAAGAGGCAGAGGAUAAAGCUCCUGAAGAAGAACCCCUGCACACAAUCAUCCAAGACACAGAGAAUGUCCAAGGCACCUUUUCCAAGCAUGAGUUCCAGGCUGAGACCAAGAAACUCUUGGACAUUGUUGCUAGAUCUCUGUACUCUGAGAAGGAGGUGUUCAUCCGUGAGCUGAUCUCCAAUGGCAGUGACGCCCUGGAGAAGCUGCGCCACAAGCUGAUAACAGGAGGGGGAGACACGGCCCCCAUGGAGAUCCACCUACAGACGGACCAGGCCAAGGGCACCUUCACCAUCCAGGACACAGGAGUUGGGAUGAACCAAGAGGAGCUGGUGGCCAACCUGGGGACUAUCGCUCGUUCUGGAUCCAAGGCUUUCCUGGAGUCCCUGCAGAGCCAGGCGGAGGCCAGCAGCUCCAUCAUUGGUCAGUUUGGCGUGGGCUUCUACUCUGCCUUCAUGGUGGCUGACCGUGUGGACGUCUACUCUCAGUCAGCCGAGCCCAGCAGCCCCGGAUACAAGUGGUCCUCUGAUGGGUCUGGAGUGUUUGAGAUAGCUGAGGCAAGUGGGGUCAGACCAGGCACUAAGAUUGUGCUGCACCUCAAGGAUGACUGCAAGGAGUUCUCUGCUGAGGACAGAGUCAAAGAGGUGGUGACCAAAUACAGCAACUUUGUCAGUUUCCCCGUCUUCCUGAACGGACGAAGACUCAACACUCUCCAGGCCCUGUGGAUGAUGGAACCCAAGUCCAUCAGUGAGUGGCAGCACGAGGAGUUCUACCGUUACGUGGCUCAGUCGUACGACAAGCCCCGUUAUACACUGCACUACCGCGCUGACGCCCCCGUCAACAUCCGCUCCAUCUUCUACGUCCCAGACGUGAAGCCGUCCAUGUUUGACGUGAGCAGAGAGAUGGGCUCCAGUGUGGCUCUGUACAGCAGGAAGGUUCUCAUCCAGACCAAGGCCACUGAAAUCCUGCCCAAGUGGCUACGCUUCCUUAGAGGUGUGGUGGACAGUGAGGAUAUCCCAUUGAACCUGAGCAGAGAGCUGCUGCAGGAGAGCACCCUCAUCAGGAAGCUGAGGGACGUUCUACAGCAGCGUAUCAUCAAGUUCCUGAUGGACCAGAGUAAGAAGGAACCUGAGAAAUACGCCAAGUUCUUUGAGGACUACGGCCUGUUCAUCAGGGAGGGUAUCGUCACCACGCAGGAGCAGGACGUCAGGGAGGACAUCGGCAAGCUGUUGAGGUUUGAGUCUUCAGAGCUACCCGCGGGCCAGCAGACCAACCUGAAGGAGUACGGCUCCCGUAUGAAGGCCGGGACACGUAACAUCUACUACCUGUGCGCCCCAAACCGACACCUGGCUGAACACUCCCCCUACUUUGAGGCCAUGAAGCAGAAAGACAUGGAGGUGCUGUUCUGCUAUGAGCAGUUUGACGAGCUCACCCUCCUGCACCUCAGAGAGUUUGACAAGAAAAAGCUGAUCUCUGUGGAAACAGACAUUGUGGUGGACCACUACAAGGAGGAGAAGUACCAGGACAGCAAGCCUGCCUCUGAGCGUCUUACAGAGGAGCAGGCUGAGGACCUGAUCUCCUGGAUGAGGAACAAUCUGGGAAACAGAGUCACCAACAUCAAGGUGACCCCUCGUCUGGACACCCACCCAGCCAUGAUCACGGUGCUGGAGAUGGGUGCCGCACGCCACUUCCUGCGUACCCAGCAGAUGGCCCGCAGCACAGAGGAGAGGGCCCAGAUACUGCAGCCCACCCUGGAGAUCAACGCUGGUCAUGACCUCAUCAAGAAGAUGCACUCACUGAAGGAGUCCGACUCUGCACUCGCACAACUGCUGCUGGAGCAGAUCUACGACAAUGCCAUGAUCGCAGCGGGCCUCAACGACGACCCCCGACCCAUGAUCGCCCGCCUCAACAACCUGCUGACCAGAGCGCUGGAGAAACACUGAGACGUCACGGCCGUCAACUGUAGGCCCUAUACACUACAGUCACUGCCUGGUUUAACUCCCCAUCUCCCCAAUCAACUGUCCUACUGGUCAGGUCACUGUAGGCCCUACAUAGACACGUGACCUGGCUCUACAUAGACACGUGACCUGGCUCUACAUGCUGCAGAUACUACCCCCAUCAACAACACACGGCUCUGGUGGCCUUUCCACAUUCAGGCCUGCCCAUCUGUACCCCAGAAAAGUCCCUUCAAUACCAACAGACUGUUGGAGGAGAGCAGGGAGGCUUCGGCCUGCUCAGAGACCUGAAAAUGGAGUAGACGGACACAACUCAAGCUGUGGAUGUGUGUGUUUCUCGGACUCUCCAGCAGUGUUGACUCAUGUUGUGUGUGAUGAGCGAGAUAUUUAUCAGACUGUGCCAUGAGCAGAGUGGAAACCCCAGAUCUGAAGAAUGGGUUAGGGCUUUGUAAAGUCGUAUUGACAUUGGGACUGGUGUAAUGAUUGUACACAUUUCCAUGACGUGCAAACUUCCUAGAUGACCGUUCAAUACAAUUGUUACUGUUGGCCCUCUUUUUUCUUCCUAUUUUAAUGUGUCAUCUUGAUUCGGGUUCCUCAUUUUUUUUUGUACCAUUUUGUUUGUUACGUGAUAUUUUCCUCCCAGCUAUUCCUCAGAUAUGAGGGUUGGCAAUCCCAAUAUUAGAGCCAUAGAUUCCUGUCCUUCAGAGAAUAUUCUUGAAACGGACUGUAAAGACUUAUUUUACAAUUAGAUGUGUUGCUGGGAGAAAUUUGUACGAGAUUGUAUAUUACCAUCUGUGUGGAAUUUGACAAAUGUCUUAAUUCGGUGCCCAAGUUAUCCAUCCAAUAUUUUUUGUUGUACCUGUUAACAAUGGCUGACAUCGAAGAAAGAGCGCGUCUAACACUCAGAUUGUAAAGUAUGAUACUGAUGUAUUGUGAAUAAAACCCAUUUACUGAACCCUGUG